AAUUGAACCACCACUCUAGAAUCACAAAUAUUUGAAAAUAUAAUAACCUUUCUCUAUUCAUGUCCCAGAUAGACUAAUAUAUUUGAUUAUUCCAGGGAGUGAGCAAUUAUUUUGUCCCUGUGCACUUCUCUUUUCCAUAACCAAUCUUGCGUUUUCAUUUGACAGAUUUCGUCCUGUCACAGCCAUGUUCCUUCUAUGAAUCUUCAAUUGCUCACAGAAUAGCACAGUUAUCCUUGCAGCUUUUCUACUUCUUCUUGUCAACAUCCAAUUCAUUUCCAUUCGAAACCAAGCUAUGGCUGAUGCAAUUCUUUCUGCUCUCGCGAGCACAAUCAUGGGGAACUUGAAUUCCCCAAUUCUUCAAGAGCUUGGACUUGCUGGGGGCCUAACGACCGAGCUUGAAAAUCUCAAGCGCACGUUCAGAACCAUUCAAGCUGUGCUGCGAGAUGCAGAGGAGAAGCAGUGGAAGAGUGAGCCUAUCAAGGUGUGGCUCAGCGACCUCAAGGAUGCAGCUUAUGUUGUUGAUGAUGUACUGGAUGAGUUUGCAAUUGAAGCUCAGUGGCUUCUGCAGCGAAGAGAUCUCAAAAACCGAGCAAGAUCCUUCUUUUCUUUUGGUCAUAAUCCACUAGUUUUUCGACAAAGGAUGGCUCAUAAAUUGAAGAAUGUUAGAGAAAAACUAGCUGCCAUUGCCAAGGAGAGACAAAAUUUCCACCUAACAGAGGGGGCUAUGGAGAUGGAAGCAGAUAGUUUUGUUCAGCGUCAGACUUGGUCUUCGGUGAAUGAAUCAGAAAUUUAUGGAAGAGGCAAGGAGAAAGAGGAACUAAUCAACAUGCUGCUCACUACUUCAGGUGAUCUCCCUAUUCAUGCUAUAAGGGGGAUGGGGGGGUUGGGUAAAACAACACUUGUUCAACUGGUCUUCAAUGAAGAAAGUGUUAAACGGCAAUUCAAUUUGAGGAUCUGGGUGUGUGUAUCUACAGAUUUCGAUCUCAGCAGAUUAACAAGAGCCAUCAUAGAGUCCAUUGAUAGUUCCCCUUGUGGUCUUCAAGAAUUGGAUCCCUUGCAACAACUCCUCCAACAGAAGUUAAAUGGAAAGAAGUUUUUGCUUGUAUUGGAUGAUGUGUGGGAUGAUUAUGGAGAUAGGUGGAAUAAAAUGAAGGAGGUAUUAAGGUGUGGCGCUAAAGGUAGUGCUGUCAUAGUAACUACGCGUAUUGAGAUGGUUGCUCUUAGAAUGGCAACAGCUUUUGUCAUGCACAUGGGGAGAUUGUCUGAAGAAGAUUCUUUGCAGUUGUUUCAACAGCUUGCAUUCGUGAUGAGAAGGAAAGAGGAGCGGGCACGCCUGGAAGCCAUUGGAAUAUCAAUAGUGAAGAAGUGUGGUGGUGUUCCUUUAGCUAUAAAGGCACUCGGGAACCUCAUGCGGCUGAAAGAUAAUGAAGAUCAGUGGAUCGCUGUCAAAGAAAGUGAGAUUUGGGAUCUAAGAGAAGAAGCAACCGAGAUCUUACCUGCUUUGAGGUUGAGUUACACUAAUCUAUCACCGCAUUUGAAGCAAUGCUUUGCGUAUUGCGCUAUAUUUCCAAAAGAUCGGGUGAUGAGGAGGGAGGAGCUGAUUGCUUUGUGGAUGGCAAAUGGCUUUAUUUCUUGCAGAAGAGAAAUGGAUUUGCACGUCAUGGGCAUUGAGAUAUUCAAUGAACUGGUGGGAAGGUCAUUUCUGCAAGAGGUCGAGGAUGAUGGAUUUGGCAACAUAACAUGUAAAAUGCAUGAUCUUAUGCAUGAUCUUGCACAAUCCAUAGCAGUACAAGAAUGCUAUAACACCGAAGGCCAUGGGGAGUUGGAAAUUCCUAAUACUGUUCGUCAUGUAGCUUUUAACUGCAGACGAGUAACAUCUCUUGAAAAAAAACUUCUCAAUGUUCAAUCAUUGCGCUCCUGUCUUUCGGUGGAUUAUGAUUGGAUUCAAAAGCGCUGGGGAGAGAGCUCUUCUACUCCAAAACAUCGAGCCUUGAGUUUAAGAAAAGUCCUGGUGGAGAAAUUGCCAAAGUCAAUUUGUGAUUUGAAACAUCUAAGGUAUCUAGAUGUAUCAUACUCCAGUAUCAUAACACUGCCUGAAAGUACAACCUCACUCCAAAACCUCCAGACACUAGAUCUGAGACGCUGCGAAAAACUCAUCCAAUUACCAAAAGGUAUGAAGCACAUGAAAAGUCUUGUCUAUCUUGACAUAACGGGUUGUUUUUCACUUCGAUUUAUGCCAGCUGGAAUGGGGCAAUUGAUAUGCCUGCGAAAACUUGCCCUGUUCAUUGUGGGUGGGGAGAAUGGUCGUCGCAUAAGUGAGCUGGAAGGGCUGAAUAAUCUUGCUGGUGAAUUGAGUAUCGCAGAUCUUGUGAAUGUUAAGAAUUUAAAAGAUGCCACAAGUGCCAAUUUGAAGUUGAAGACAGCUCUUUCAUCACUGACUUUUUCUUGGCAUGGUAAUGGAUAUUACCUUUAUAUCCCUGGGUCAUUUGGGCCACCGCAAGAAAGAAAGAGGGUUAUUCAGGUAAAUGACGAGGAGGUCCUUGAAGGGCUUCAACCUCAUUCAAAUCUGAAGAAGUUGAGGAUAUGUGGAUAUGGAGGUUCAAGAUUUCCUAAUUGGAUGAUGAACUUCAACAUGACGCUACCAAAUCUGGUAGAGAUGGAGCUAUCAGCAUUUCCCAACUGUGAACAACUUCCACCAUUGGGGAAACUACAGUUGCUCAAGAGUCUUGUAUUAAAUGGAAUGGAUGGUGUGAAGAGUAUUGACAGCAAUGUGUAUGGAGAUGGGCAGAAUCCAUUCCCAUCUUUGGAGACGCUGACUUUCUAUUCAAUGGAGGGAUUAGAGCAAUGGGCUGCGUGUACAUUUCCUCGCCUUCGAGAAUUGAAGAUAUGUCGCUGCCCUCUGUUGAACGAAAUACCAAUUAUACCCUCCCUUAAAAAAUUAGACAUCGGGGGAUGUAAUGCUUAUUCGCUGAUGUCAGUUAGGAAUCUCACUUCUAUCACUUCUCUUUGUAUUGGAUAUAUUCCAAAUGCGAGGGAGCUUCCCGAUGGGUUUUUGCAAAAUCAUACCCUCCUUGAAAGCUUAGACAUUUGGGAGAUGCCAGAUCUGGAGUCUUUGUCAAAUAGGGUAUUAGAUAACCUUUCUGCUCUUAAAAGCUUCUGGAUUUCGUUUUGCGGGAAACUUGAAAGCUUGCCAGAGGAAGGUCUUCGUAACCUCAAUUCCUUGGAGGUUUUAGUGAUAGCGUUUUGUGGAAGAUUAAAUUGUCUGCCAAUGGAUGGGCUGUGUGGCUUAUCUUCUCUUCGCAGCUUAUCUGUUAGAUAUUGUGAGAAAUUCACAUCUCUAUCAGAGGGAGUGCGGCAUCUGACGGCACUUGAGGAUUUGCGGCUUUGUGGAUGUCCAGAGCUGAAUUCAUUGCCAGAGAGUAUCCAACAUCUCACUUCUCUCCAAUCUCUAUCCAUUUGGCUCUGUCCAAAUUUGAAGAAAAGGUGUGAGAAAGAUUUAGGAGAGGACUGGCCUAAGAUAGCUCAUAUUCCCGACAUUAGAAUCGAUUAAGGUUGGUAUGCAACUUAAAUUUGUAAUGAGAAUAAAAUAUAUAUUUUAGUAGUAUUUUUCCUUAACACUACUGUAAUACUUAGUCAUAUAUAUAAAAAAGAGCAUAAAAUUAAGGAAAUUA